UUUAACCAAAGGAAAAGUCUAACGGAUGGAUGUUUAAACUCUUACUUUGCAGGUCCUCUUGCGUUUGUGCUCAGCAGGAAGGAGCGCAUGGAAUAGGUAUGAACUACCCAACGAGGAUGUGGCAGCCAACUGUGUUCAAAAGAUAUCAGCUAAACAUGACUUUUGUUUGCUUCUCUCUGAUGUGGCUGUAUCUGAGGUUCUGAUAUUUGUCCAAUAUCUAUGACCAGGUACAAUCUCUUUAGAAUGUAAAGUUUCUGAUGAAGACAACUUGUUCUUAUAUCUGGCUCCGAUGGAAUCUAAUCUCUUAUUUUGCUCCCACCUAAAUCGGAGUCUUGGUAAGUCAUUGUGUACAUACAACCUCCUCGUAUCCUAGCUGUUUGUUGUAGUCUUAGGCUACUACAACCUACAAAAUCAUCUAUUCUGAAGUACAUAUACAAUGAUGAUCUGAAUUGACUCAGAUAAAAAAAACACCAUGUAGUCUUUAUUUAGAAUACUAUUUCUAGGUUUGCAGCAACUUGAGGGCUUUGUAAAAAAUCUUCAAUUAAGAAUGGGAAAGGUUGCUUCAAAUUGUGUUUUCUACGUGGAUUUAAUGCAAUAGUUUAGCUGACAGAAAGGUGUCUAAGGUAUUGGAUUGUUUCCUGGGAUCGUGGAAGAUUCUCCUCUGAAGAAGCAAAGUAUCAGAGUUUGACUCAGCUGCUACGAUAAGAUAACGGCUCUGGCACCCAGGCACUACCCACGACGGGGUUCAGGCUUGAUGUGGGACAGUCUGUUAGGAUUCCCUCGACUCUAGGCUGGUCAGGUCGGAUAUGGGCUAGGACCGGUUGCAACUUUGAUGCUAAUGGCAUGGGAAAAUGUAUGACUGGAGACUGCGGCGGGAAGCUGGAGUGCGCCGGUAAUGGUGCUGCUCCGCCGACAUCACUAUUUGAGAUCACACUUGGUCACGGUUCUGAUGACAAAGAUUUCUACGAUAUCAGUCUUGUUGAUGGGUAUAAUCUACCCAUAGUUGCUCUCCCAACAGGUGGUGGGCUGGUUGGAGCUUGUAAUGCUACAGGAUGUGUUGCGGAUGUCAACAAUAGCUGUCCAAAGGAACUUCAAGUGAUGGGAGAGGAAGAAGAACAGAGAGGAGGAGUUGUUGCAUGCAAGAGCGCUUGUGAGGCCUUUGGGUUGGACCAGUACUGUUGCAGCGGUCAGUUUGCUAACCCGACCGCAUGCCGACCAUCUAUGUACUCUUCCAUCUUCAAGAGAGCCUGUCCCAGAGCUUAUAGCUAUGCCUUUGAUGAUGGAACCAGUACUUUCACUUGCAAGGCUUCUGAAUAUGCCAUUAUCUUCUGCCCUGGCAGGGUUAAAAGACCAGACAGCCAGAGCUCGGAUCCUCCCAGCCCGCCCCAGAAUCAGUUUGGGCAACCUAUGGCUCCUCCACCUCAGAAUUCGUACGGUCAACCUAUGGCUCCACCAACAUAUGGUCAACCAAUGGCUCCUCCCACUCAGAAUCAAUACAAUCAACCUGUGGUGGCUCCACCGACUCAAAAUCAGUACAGUCCACCUGUCGCGCCUCUCACUCAGAACCCACCUGGACCAAACGAGGAAAUAAUGGCUCCCCCACCUCAGAAUCAAAAUGGGAAUGGGCAGCUCAUGCCUCCUCCCACAGUGAACCAAGUUCCAAACGACCAGUAUAUGAAUCCCCCAAUUGAGGAUCAGAGUCAAAGAGAGACUCAAUCCUCAUCCGAUAUACUUCGACCUUUCCCAGUCUUGUUGCUUCUUGGUUUCAGUCUAACUGCUUUGAGGCAAUCAGGCAUGACAUGAAUCGUCAUCAUUCUUCUUUUUUUUUUAAUGAGAAACUGAUACAUAACUCAUAGAUUCUGAGCUUUAUUAUUCAAAUAGAUUGCCUUAAAUUGUCUAAAUUGGCUUCACCUCAUACAUGUAAAACUACUCUAUUUGAUGUAUAUAAUGUUAUAUCAACUAAACAAA